UCACGGAGCUCCGUGGAGCCGCGGUGUGGACGCGUGAAGUCAGGGCCGUGUAGGCGGAGUCAAAGCAAGAUGGCUGCGGGAGAGAGGAGAGUGUCUGAGGAAUCAUCUGAUGGGAUGUUUAUCUCUCGCUAACAGGAUGCACGGCGGCCCGAGAGCAGCCCCGCUUCAUUCGUCAGCUGCCCCGGCUCAGUGCGGUCAAACCCAGCGGUUGUCCCCGGGUCCUUGCGUCGCCGCUCGCCCCUUCACUGCGCUGACAUUGUGGAAUUCGUUAGCAGCUAGCCGCUAGCCUCCGAGCAGCGCUAACUCGCUAGCAGGCAGCUAGCAGGUUUUCUGUGGACACCCCGUUCACAACAAACACGAACAACCCGAGAGUGCCCGUCCUGACCGGCUAUGGAGUGGUGUUGGCUUCAGACUGGAUGACAGGGUCUACAGGGAGGACAGGGUCACACAGUUUCUAAAGCAGCAGCGGGCUUCUCUUGGACGCACAGUGACUGGCAGUGACAGCCCAUAAAGUCGACCUCCUUUGCCGCCUUCUCUCUGGAUACACUUUCCUUCCUCUUCACCCCCCCCUCCCACCUCCCCUCCCCUUCUUAUUCUCCCUCCUCUGUCAUCUUUUGUUUUUUCUCCCUCCUAAUUUCGGUUAUACUUUGACCAUUUACUGAACCACCUUCCUUCUUCUUUGAGUUCUGACCUGCUGGCUCCGAUAUGAGCUGGCUGAGCAGGUUGAACCCGCGGGGCUCUGGCAGUCGGUCUGGCCAGAGCGCCACCCCCUCCAGCCCCUGCACCGCUGACCCAGAGACCUGCCUCAUGGUGUUUGAGAACCACUGGAGACAGGUCUCUUGGGUGCUGGAGCAGCACGAGCCUUCAUCGUCCAGCGACGACCUGACAGCAGUGAGGAAUCACACAGACCAGAUGUUGUGUCUGCUGGCAGAGGAGAGGCCGGCUGAGAGCCCGGAGGGCGGCCCCAGUGUGCCCCCCAUGGGCCCCAUACUGGAGCUGGUGGUCACUGAGAAUAUUCUGGAGUGCCUGGUUAAGUGGCACCUUCGCCGCGGCUUGGAUCCCGACAGCCAGGGGGCGCUGCUCAAGCUGUUUGAGAUGCUCAUCGGCCAGUCCCAGCAGCCUCUGCUACAGCACACAGGCGUUCUCCACCCCUUGCUGAGGCUGCUGGGAGCUUGUGCUGACCCAGAUCUUGGUUGUCCUCUGGUCCUGGAGAACAGCCUGGUACUUCUGCUCAACCAGGUGUGCGUGACCAUGGCCCGGCAGCCAGUGGUUCUAGAGAUGUUGUUCCGGGCAGCACCAGCUCAGCAGGGCUCCACCAACCUGCUGAUCUUCUCUCUCCUCGUGCCAUUCAUCCACCGCGACGGAGCGAUCGGACAGCAGGCCAGAGAUGCGUUGUUGCUGGUGAUGGCGGCCUCGGCCAGCCACGAGGCUGUGGCACGCUACAUCGCUGAGAACUCCUACUUCUGUCCGGUGUUAGCAACGGGCCUCAGCGCUCUCUACUCCUCUCUGCCCAGAAAGAUUGAGGUUCGGGGAGACGACUGGCACGCCCUGCGGCGGGAGGACUGGAUCGGCGUGUCGUCAAUCGUACUGUUCAUGAACUCGCUGGAGUUCUGCAACGCUGUGGUGCAAGUCGCUCACCCCCUGGUCCGCUACCAGCUCCUGGACUACCUCCACAAUGGCUUCCUCGUACCUGUCAUGGGCCCCGCCCUUCACAAGUCGUCGGUGGAUGAGAUGAUUGCCAGCACCGCCUACCUGGACCUAUUCCUGCGUAGUGUGACAGAGACUUCCCUCCUCAAAACCUUCCUGCGCUUCAUCCUGCUCCAUUGCCACGACAACGACACCAUCCUGGACACACUGCUCACACGCAUCAGCAGCAAUUCAAGGCUGUGCAUGGUCUCACUGAGCCUCUUCAGGACUCUGCUCUCUCUGCACUGUGAAGACAUCAUGCUGCAGCUUGUUCUCAGGUAUUUACUGCCCUGUACCCAUGUUAUGCUGAGUCAGCGUCGCGCCAUCAGGGAGACUGACAUUUACGGAAAGUCGGCAGACAAGUUCCUCUCGCUCAUCCCUGAGUGCUGUCGGCUGGAUGCGACGCCCUCUGCCGAGCGAGACGAGGACAAUGCAUUCUGGGGCAAAGUGCUGAACAGCCCAACUACAGAGUCUCCUGCCCCGCCAAGACCCAGCACCCCGUCCCGCUUAGCCUUCUUCAUCCGCCAACAGAGCAGUGGAGGAGGAUCAGGAGGAGGUGGUCCCUCUACGCCCACCAGCAUGGAGCCGCUGCAGUCGGGUCCUGCCAGCUCUCACCCUUUGUCCCCAGAAAGCCCGAUGCACCAGCUGCAGACACACACCGAGUGUCUGGACUGGGACUCGGGUUACCUGGAGUACCUCAGAGACGCUCGACGAGGCAUCGAGCUCUGCUCCUGGGCCUGCAGAGACUGGUCAGCACCCUAUGAUGGAGAAAACCCCUCCUCAAUCACAGCCCCUCCACCCCCACCUCCCCCUACCUCCAAUCCCUCCAUGGCCAUGUUGCCUGAGCACUUCUCUUUUCAUCAGGGAGGAAGCAGUAACACCCCUCCGGUCCAGCAGAGGGCAGCCAUUGUGGCUGCUGCACGGUCAGAGUGGAGCAGCUCGGAGCGGGACAGCGGAGAGUGGGACAUUACGAUCGGCAAAAACAGCUGCAUCAGCCUCACGCCUCGCUCCAAGAAACGCAGCCUGCAGAGGGAGGAGCUCUUGCCGAAACCAGUACCUCCUCUCGUCCCGUCUUCCUCGUCUUCAGCCGCCCCUCUAACAAGUUCCCACGGCGCCUCGUCCCCAGCUCCUCACCUUCCCACCUCAGCCAUCACUGUUAGCUACCAGGCCAUGUAUAACGGAACAAUGGGACAGGGGGACGGAUGCUCAGACAGUCGUGACCGAGGUCUGGAGGUAAAGAAAGUGAAGAGAGAUUUAGGGGAGCAGCAGUAUUUGGAUGAAAAUUCAAAUCAAAACGGAUCCCUCGUCACACGUCCCUCACAAAGCCGCAGCAGUCUCCCCCAAUCCAUUUUCAACAGCAGUGACAUCAGUGAUGCAAAAUCCCUGUGCCCUAAACAGAUUCCCUCACAGAGCUCAAUCUCCCAACAGACGUCUGACACCAAACUGCUGACCAGCGACACAUCAAACCCGCACAGCGUCACCUCAGAUCUUCCAGAAGCCAACCAGACACAGCAGUCUGUCGAGAGCCUCAUCGAGGAGCUGCUAGAGCAGGCGCCGGGGGACCCCCAGGUCCCCGCAGACACAAAUGGUCAGGGCAUCAGCAUCGAAGCCUUCACGCAGGAACUGAGGGAGCUGGAGGACAGGGUGAAGGAACGCUGCAGAACAGCCUGUCUGCAGGAGGGAGCAAACAGAGAGUCCCUGACAGCUGAGCGGCAGGAGGAGGAACAGCAGCCGCCCUCGGCCCUGGAGCCAAAGCUGAUCAGCGACACAAAAGCGGAAGGGAACGUGGUGGGCCUCUGUAGUCCUGCCAGACCACUAAACCAGCCGGCCUCGCAGCCAUACACAGGUCCAUUUAUGGUGGUUCUGUUUGCCAAGCUGGAGAACAUGCUCCAAAACUCACUGUAUGUCAACAUCCUGCUCACCGGCAUCGUGGCCCAGCUGGCCUGCUACCCUCAGCCCCUCCUGAGGUCCUUCCUGCUCAACACCAACAUGGUCUUCCAGCCCAGUGUCAAGUCACUGAUCCAGGUUCUCGGUUCUGUGAAGAAUCGCAUCGAGGCGUUCGCAGCCUCCCAUGAGGACUUCCCUGCCAUGCUGAAGAAAGCCCAGCAGUACCUCGUGGCCCGAGGCAAAGUGGACUGGACCGACUCGCCUGCAGCUGUUCCCCCCCUGCGGCGCUCGGAUUCAUUAGUGAAGAGUCGUAAGCCAUCUCUCGGAGACCUGAUCCUUCGUCACACCAACAGCCCGACUCGGGCCCGGCACGCCGCUCAGCUGGCCCUAGCACACGUACGGGACGGCGGCCAAUCACUGACCAGCGCGCUGUUCCGGGGCAGCGGGGGGGCAUCUGGCCUGGAGAAGCAAGCCGAGGCACUGCGAGUGAAGAACGCCGUCUACUGUGCCGUCAUCUUCUGCGAGUUCCUCAAGGAGCUGGCUGCCCUGGCUCAAGAGCACGCCGUCACCCUGCCCUUCCCCCAGAGUCAGGAGGCAGAGGAGUAGAGGGUAAACACAGACUCCUCCAAUCUAGCUCUUAGCCUCCAUUUUCUUUUUGUUUAGGCUGUAAAAUAAGAGUCGCAUAGGAUUCAUCCAUCACCAGGGGACGGACUGGAGCACUGAGACUGUCACUGAUGAGGUCAUGUGCAAAGUCACAGAGGAAAACAGUGGCAAAUUUUGUACCAAAAUCAUUAUAGGAAACCUAUAGGACUAGAAGUACUGUCCUCACCUGUAAACUAACGAUAGUGUGCAUAUCAUGUAUUAUAUUUACAUUCUAUACACACAAAGUCUCUAGAGAUUUGGGAGCUUGUACAUACACAUACCAUGUCCUGGUAUAAAAGCCUCAGAUAAAGAAAUAGGUGCACAUACUGGUGCUAGUCAGUACUCUAUAUUUUAAGAUGAAAGGUGCUUUCAGGCGGCACAGAGGAGACGAGGGUUUUAUCCUCAACGAAAUUAUACCAAACACCAAAAAAAACGGCAAUUGCAGAAAGUGUGAGCUAGACGGUGAAAUACAAAGUGAUCCACUCAGCUUCUCGUCCUCCAUCAAGGACGGGCCAAUAGAGAACGAUCGCAGAGAAGACGCAACUCUGAAGAACCUCAAGUGUCCAUUUUGUUUCUAAAAGGCUGCAAAGACUCAGUGAGCGAGAUGAGAACUGGAAGAGCUGAGGCGAGAGUGCCACUUUCUUUCCUGUGAAUCAGCACGACCAUCACAAAUGUACUGGAAAAGUUCUUUUUUUUGUUUGAAAUGUUUUUUCGUUUUUUUUACAUUUGCACCAUUCUCUAGACAUAUCAGCAGCACGUGGGAGCAGGCGUGACCGUGGUGGUUUUGUAAAGCGACUCCUCUUCUGCCCGAAAGGUGACGCUGAGUCUUCAGGCCGUCGCGAAGCCAUUCACCUGUUGCCAUGAACAAAGUCAGCGGGAUUGAAAAGGCAGCGCAGCUUUACAGUUUCUACCUUUUUAAUGUGUCGUUUAGUCUUUUCAAAAGACUUUAGAGUCGCGGAGGGAAAAAAGGCGAGAAGGGAAAGAUUACGUUUUUUUAUUUUUGAUGAUUUCCAUUUACUUUGAACUGACGGAAAAAGGUCCUACUGAGGCAUUCACUGACUUUUCUUUAAACAGUUGAGCGAAGAAUUAGGCUCCGUAAGAAGCGAUUUAUAAUGUCGGUUUUCAGGUUAAGGUUUUAAUCUGCUUCAAAAUGUUUUGUCUCUUCGGGUGAGACGGGCCAAACGUUCAUCUUGAAAUUUAACAUGCUGCUAUUUUUCUUUUUCUUUUUUUAAACACUAACACCCAGUUUUGUUCGAAUCAUUCUUUCUCUUCGUGUCGUUGUUAGGUACCAAGUAUUAAAUGCAUGUAGAGGAUGUGGAGGAGUCCGUGCCUGUGAUUGUGAGCGGCUUUUUUAAUUUAUUAUCUUGUGUCAGAGAUUGAAUGAAGUUGCAGUCACAGUGAGAAAAAACAAUUUGCCAAGUUCAAAUAUCCUCGUUCGACGUCGAGGCUCGGAAAAUGUUGCGUGUGGGGGGGUGGUUUGUAAGAGACGGUGAUUCUUCAUUUUUACAGGUCUGUAAUUUUUCUAGAAGAUUAUUCGGAAAGCAACCUGUGAAAUGAAGCACGUCACCGGAGCGAGUGCGUUGUUUGAAUCCGACUGCCCAUGACCCAGCUUUUUGUGAAGUAACUUGUUUUUUUGCACAUCCUCUCUCAACGCUCAGCAGCGGAGAAACUGCCCGCUCGGUCUUAAUCUCUGAAACUGACUACCACAUCAUUUGUUGACAGCUUUCCUCUUUCUCAACAAGUUGAAGCCGCCUCGACUUGUCAAAGCCAUAGCCGUGAUCAUCCUGUUUGUACACGUAGUCCUUCAUCACUUUUCUACACGAUUUCUAGACACAUUUUGUAACACCCCCGUGUUUGUUUCCAUAAGUGAGUUGGGAGUCUCUGCAUGCCCGUUAAGAUCAGGUUUAGGAUUGAAUAAUGGAUUAAAUAGCGUAGGGUAAGUUUUCUUUGGUUUGUGCAAUAGCGCCGAGGUAACGUUAGCUUCCAUGCAGUAGUUUCUUCAGUGAGUCAUCCUGCAGAGAUCAACGGCGAUGAACAUGUUUCACACUGAAUGUUUGCUCUCUAAUCAAAUCGGUAGAGAAAUCGCUUCUGUGUUUUACCCGCUGCCUUCUGUCCGUCCAUCUGUUCACCGAGUCUGAUGUACAUCCACGUGUUCAGAACGAGAUUCAUUUCCCCCUCGGUCCGUGGGGAGGGACAAAAAAAAAAGGCCAGCAGGUGGCGCAGUAAUCAAAGUUUCCCCCUGUCUUCACACUCCAGAUUGUGUUUUCUUUUCUCUGAGAGUUCUGUUAAAGUUUGUAUUUGAAGCAUCUUGGUGAAUGUGGCUCGGUCACACUGUCAGUGGUUUGUAUGUAACUCGUACACAUGUGUAGACGCCAAAGACAAUUUUCUGUGACAACAUCGGAAUCUCCCUGUGUCUUUAAAACCGGUCGCAGACAGUUUCUUGGGACAUGGUCUUGACAGUUAUUCAUCUUAUUCAGUUUAUGUUUCAUACGUUGCACCUCGUAGAUCGUAAACUUCCGCCAAAGGCCCAACAGCCCCCUAAUGAAAACACUUAAAUCAGCUGAAUCUGGAUUUUGAUUUGGAUCCCCUGAACAUCUGUGAAAAUCCAGAUUUAUUAUUAUUUUUCCCAGGUGAAGCUCGGACAGGGAAUCUUUUUUUUUUUGCUCAGCGACCCUGAUUCUCAGAAGUUCAAUUGUCGGCAUUGAUCCCGUGUGAAAGAACAUCUUUCUGGUUUUUAGUCCAUUUGCAUGUCAACACUUUCCACAGUCAUUUCUCACUGUGAACUCUUUGUAUUUAUUUAUUUUUUAUCAUUCACUUGUUUUUCAUGAUAAAAAAAGAAAAGACAUAAUUGUGACCAUGUUUGUAGCGGGGUGAUUUUUCUACGAGGGAUUAUUUCUACCUGGGACUUGAGCUGUCGGAUGAAAGCGAAGAGUAAAAUAGAAAAUCAAACUUCACACAGUGAAAUAAAGCCUGUUUGAAAUACAGUAACUGAAACGGUUUUAAAUUUGCAUUUGACAAAGGGAUUUACAUUUUAAACAAAGCAGCAACUAUCACAGUUGGACGCUGACGCCAGAGCAGAAGUUUCUAGCUGCUGUUCCUCUAAUGGCCCCAAUAGAAACUGUCACGGAAGAAAAAUCUGACUGUAGUGAAGUGACAGAGAAACUAAUUAUGAACUCAAUACAAAAAGGUUGUCUGUAAUAUAAAGCCUGAGGACCAUAACAAGACAGGGCCUCGAGAUGAGCACAGUCAUAGUUUGAACACGUUGAUUUGAUAAACGGGCGUCUCAGUCAUGGUGGUUGCUGUUUAUUGAAGAACUAAACUGCCAAAAUUCAAAAUAAAUAAAUGACUAAAUAAUAAUAAUAGUAUUGUAAUUCAUAAAUCUAAUGUAGGAACAUUUAUAAAUGAAUUGAUAAGUAAAGAAAGAAAGAAAGAAAGAAAGAAAGAAAGGCAUGAAAACAUAAACAGCUUUUUUCUUCAGAAGAGAACUGAAGUUCAAUUAAUUCAGAAAUUCAGUUUUCAAGACGCUUCAACAUUUUCCAUCAUUUAUUUUUUAAUCACUUAUUUGUGUUUUUUCAACUUUUUUUUCUAUGUUUAUUUUACAUUUUGGCAGUUUUGAUGUUCCUCAGUAGUUUCCUUGUUUCCUCACCUCAGCUUCACUCAAGACUCCAAAUGAUCCUUUUGAUAAAACUGUUGAUUUGUUGAAUCUUUUUGUUUCAUUGUGUUUCGACUGUAUAAACUGACAAAGAUGGUGCUGAGAGUUCAACCCAAAGCUACGCUUCAGAAAAACCUUUCUCGCUCUCUUCACACGGAUUUACUUGAACGCUACAGUUUUUCAGAUGAAUAUAAAAUUAUCUUUUUUUUUUUUUAGUUGCUCUUUCAUCCAGAGCAUUUUAAUUUUGAGUUGCAGUGUUUUGUUUAUUCAAGGGUACAUGGAAACACACAGAACUAAAAACAACUCACAUUUUGAAAACUUAAAAGCAGCUGAGCUUCAUGUGGCGAAGUUGUGAGGCCACUAAACUUUAAAUGCACAUAUCGUUCAGUUCAGCAACUCACCGAUUCACUAGAAUCUCUUCUCACUCCUGAUCUCUCAAUGUCAGAAACACUUCGUGCCAUGUUUUUAGAUUUUUAUUUCAAUUCAAGGAUUUGUAUUGCUUAUCAUGGGAUGUACUGCAUCUUCACUCGUUUUUCUUUCUUCCCUCCUUUCUUUCUUUGGAAAGCUUUGACUUUCCACUAACAUUUCUCCCCUGUGAUCUAUGCAAACAUGCUCUAAUGUCCCCUGGUUGAAUCUGAGAAGAUGAUGUGGACUGAUUUAAUGUGUAAAUACUAUAAAAAUGAAAAAAAAGAAAGAAAGAAAAAAGCAAUGGGUCAGAAAUGCCGAGGUGUGAGAAAUAAUCAACGGGUCAGAAUGAAAAUCACGAUAAAAUAAUGUAAUGAUGUUGAAUGUUGUCAGAAAUAUUUUUCUAUAUUUUGAAAUCAUUAGAAAAAAGGACAAAAUACAAAGUGGGAAAAAGCUGUCAGAAGAACACUACAAAGGGAAUGUUUUUAUUAAUUUAUAAA